UUCUCAGAAACUUUUGUCACACAUUGAAUCAAAAUAGAUUACAUAUUAUUGUUCUUAAAAACCACGUGCUUAAGGUGCAGACCUCGUAUGAUCGCCGUGAGAAAAAUCUUGCUUACCGGUUUACUGUGAAGAAAUCAGGAGCGGGUGUUAUAAAAUGGCUGGUAUUGGAAAACGAUUGAUACCUCUGUUAGAUCGAAUCUUAGUUGAGAGAUUCAUUCCUGAAACUAGAACUAAAGGUGGUAUCAUGAUACCAGAGAAAGCACAAGCAAAAGUUCAAAGUGCAACAGUUAUUGCUGUAGGUCCUGGUGCAAGAAAUGAGAAAGGUGAACAUAUACCUCCUAGUGUAAAAGAGGGUGAUAAAGUUCUUUUACCUGAGUAUGGUGGUACUAAAGUUGAAAUAGAUAAUAAGGAAUUAUUCAUUUUUAGAGAUAGCGACAUCCUGGGUAAAUGGAGUAGUUAAGACUAAUUCUGAUAUGUCACUGGAAACUUGAACAAUGUCAUCCAAGUUAAUGAAUCAGCUUCAUUAUUUAGAUUUCUUGUGUAUAAUAACAUAUGAAGAUUGUGUAAUGCAUUUAAAAAUGUAGUUAAAUACAGUUCCAAUUCCAUUGAAUAUUUCGUUUUUGAAAUAAAAUAUUCUUUUGAAA